AUGGAGCACGGCCAUGACUUGCUUUGCACACCAGAAGGUCAGCGUGUGGUGAAGUUGGAUAGCUGGCCUGUGCUUGACCUGUGCUUGACAGAUGGCUGGGGCCAGAAGCAUAAGGCGCAGGCGCCAGGAUCACGCGCGAUCCACACCCAGAUCCAUGAGUCCCAUGGUGUGCUCGGGGCGUGGGCGCGUUACGCGCGACCUUCGAUUGGCGACGUCCUAAGGUACUCAGAAGCACUGCACCGUGAGUUCAGCAGUAUCUCAGAGUUGUCUGCGGCAAUCGUGGACCCCACUGCGAAGGGCCUGAAAGUCGUGGAACCCAGCCUAUGGGAGACCUUGGGCAUCCAGACCCUGGGGCACAAGCUCUUCUUCAGUCAAGGCUUGAAGAAUCUGCAACAGUGA